UGCCAAGCACAUUCCAGAUAGAUGAUGAAGGAUCUCAUUCAAAUUACUAAUGACAAUAUUCUGGAUGCGUCGUCGUUAAGCUGGUCGACGCGGAUUAAAGGAUUCGUCGCUUGUUUUGCGAUUGGAUGCAUUCUCUCCUUACUGGGCACGUUCCUGCUGUUCACCGGUGGGAUGGUGGUGUUUGCCGUCUGCUAUACGAUAGGAAACAUAAUCGCACUGUCCGGAACGUUCUUCCUGAUGGGUCCGCUGAGCCAGCUUAAGAAGAUGUUCGCUAUGACGCGCCUCAUUGCAACGAUCGUCAUGCUGGUGGCGCUAGUUCUUACGCUGAUGGCAGCACUGUGGUGGGACAACCCGGGGUUGACGAUUCUCUUUGUCAUCAUACAGUUUGUCGCGAUGCUCUGGUAUUCGAUCUCGUACAUCCCCUAUGCAAGAGACGCGGUCAAGAAAUGUGCCGAAGGAUGCAUGGGGGCCGUAUGAGCGAAGCAAACACCAGGGGGCGCCGGGCAGCGGACAGCGAUGGGUCGUCGGACGAACCGAGGUCACGCGCAUGAUCACUAACCACUGUUGGUGCCGCGACACUGCAAUUUUUCCACACCAGGGGGCGCCGCGGAGUUUCGCCGCGAAAGACGGAUGAUUGGAAUCGAUGAUGUGUGUGUGCGAAUGAUUUUUCUACUGUAAUUUUUCCUAACGUAUUCGCUCGCGUGCGCGAGUCUGACAUAUUUUUUCAUAGAGAGAGAUAUUUUUUCGUCAGGUUAGUGCGGAGCCGUGCCGUCAAUGCUGCAUCAUAUCGAGUGGAUUGCGCGUGUGUGAUCUCUCUCUCUCUCUCACUCUCUUUCUCUCUCUGUGUUCCUCUCUCUCUCUCUCACUCUCACU